GUUUCGCAAGGUUUGCAUUGACGGUAGUGUGCGUUUCUCUGUUGGAAGAAUUUAGUCGUUUUGGCAUGACAUUCGUGUACAGCAGUAUUUGAAUUUUUGGAGGCAUGUCCAAGAAAAGGGGCAGAAAGCGGAGUAGCGGGGAGCUGAGUGACACCACAGUGAUGACCCCUGACCCCAACAGUCUCCUGGGAGUGAGAAUACAACACAACUGGAGGGAGAAGGGCAGCCAGAGCAAAUGGAAAGGCACCGUCCUGGACCGUCUCAGUGUCAACCCCUCACUAUUCAUGGUCAAGUACGACGGGUUUGACUGCGUCUACGGCAUCGAGCUAUUCAAGGACGAAAGGGUGUCUAAUCUACAGGUCCUCACGGAGAAACUUGUCAACAACAAGAUCAAGGUUCCUCACGGAGCAGAGGAUUUGGUAGGCAAGGCGGUGGAGCACCUUUUUGAGAAGGAGGAUGGAGAGAAGAACGAGUGGCGAGGCAUGGUCCUCUCCAGGGCUCCCAUCAUGACUAACUGGUAUUACAUCACCUAUGAGAAGGACCCCGUGCUCUACAUGUACCAGCUGUGGGACGAUUAUGCCGAGGGAGAUCUCAGGAUCUUACCUGAAGCAGAAAAUAAGCACUUGCUUCCGGCCGACCGAAAGCCCGGCGAGGAGACUGAGAGUCUCGUGGGUAAGCAGGUUGAGUAUGUUACUGACAAAGGUGUGAAGCGAACAGGCCUAGUGAUCUACCAAGUCCCUGCCAAGCCUUCUGUAUACUACAUCAAAUACGACGAUGACUUUCACAUCCAUGUCUACGACCUGGUCAAGACCACAUAGGACACUUGUUUACUCCAUCGCUUACUUUUCACUUAUCCUCCUCUCUCGAUCUCUCGAUCUCUCUAAAGGCCCUGGAGGGUUUAACAGUUAUGCUUUGUCAUUCAGGAAGUGCAAUCUAUUAGUCCACAUUGAAUCUAGUUCUAUGAUAUGCACAGCAGAACUGUAGCAAUGCUAUUGUAGGCCAUUAGGAGGAGGGUGGGAACAUGUACACUUGGAAGAACCUUUUUACCCUCCCCACUUCUUUGGUUACCCCAUUUCGUGGUUGUGCUCCACCAUAGACUCACAUCUUGGACAGUCCAGGAGUGCACCUUGCCCUAUGACAGACUCACAUCUUGGACAGUUCAGGAGUGCACCUUGCCCUAUGAUAGACUCACAUCUUGGACAGUCCAGGAGUGCACCUUGCCCUAUGACAGACUCACAUCUUGGACAGUCCAGGAGUGCACCUUGCCCUAUGACAGACUCACAUCUUGGACAGUCCAGGAGUGCACCUUGCCCUAUGACAGACUCACAUCUUGGACAGUCCAGGAGUGCACCUUGCCCUAUGACAGGCUUACAGUAUAGUGCAAGAAUGACCACAUUUCAAUUGUCUCCCACAUCCUGAUGCUUAAUUCAAAGCAGAACUGAAUUAUAUAUUAUAAAACUAAAAGCUGUCCCCAGUAGCCAUUCAUAUUUGGUCCUUGAAUGACCAAACAGCGAGCAUGAUGUAUAAGUGAAUCUUUGUAGAGACUAGUUUGAGCUGUUUUGUUCAGUGAAGUGUUAGCUUUGAAAGUGAAAUGCAGUAAGCUGUGAUGACCCUGAAAGCAUCAUUACAUUUUUUUGUUGUCUUUAUUAAUAGGCAACUAACUUUGUUUGAUUUGUGUCAGUCAGUUCAUAGACAAUCAUUCCUUGAUAAACCCACAAUGCUAUCAUUGGAUUCAUAGCACUGGGUUGCACUGGCCUAGGAGUAGUGUAUAGCAGUGUCUCCCAACUCCAGUCCUCGAGUACCCCCAACAGCACACCAUUUUGUUGUUGGCCCGAACAAACUCAUCUGAUUCAACUCAUUGAGGGCUUGAUGAUUAGUUAACCAUUGGAAUCUGUGUGCUUAUCCAGGGCUACAACAAAAAUGUUUGCUGUUGGGGUUAUUGGACGACUGAAGUUGAGAAGCACUGCUGUGUGGUGAUGGUUCAAACACUAUUUUGAACUGCCUAAUAUAACAUUCAUAAUGCUGAAUCAAGACUUGUUAGAAACAAGGAAUACAGGUCUUCAUACAGUUAGGGCCAGGAGUUUUUCCUUGACCACACAACCUGAUGAGUUGUCCAGAUCAGGAAAACUCCUGGCCCUAACAGUACCUGACAUGUUGAAAACAUCCUCAGACUGUAUGAUUAGCUUGAGGAGUAGAAUAGAGGCAGGUCUUCACUACAUUCUGAUCUUCAAUAGAAAGCAAACAAGCAUCAUAAAGUGCCUUCAGGCUGAUCAUGUUGCCAUACUCUAUAUAUUUGCUAACCUCUCACAAUUUUAUUCUGUUUAAUGUUAAAGCCACUAUUUGGUCAGUAUUAGUAAAAGUAAAAAUUGCUCGAAAGAAACAAACGUGUCAAAGACUGCGUGACAAGGUUGUUGCUAUUGUCGGUUUGUAUUUGAGAAUAUGUGCAAUGUUGGCAGUUACUGCAGUAUACAAUAAUUUCCCCUAAUAUAACAUCCAUGACCAACAACAAGUGGUAUAUUGUAGCAAUGGUAAACCAUAAUGGUAAAACGCAUGGAGAAAAUAAAACAUUUAUAACACGG